AUGUCAAACAGCUUUUUCGUCUUCCUUCCUAGUAAUAUUCCCGAUUAUCCUGAUAAUCGACCCAAUAAAUUUAGAGUUCAUUUACCAAAACCACUCUAUUUUUCUGGCAACUGGGUGUGCGGCUUACACAGUAUAAAUUAUCCAUAUUCAUGGGCAGCAACUAUUGGUACACUAGAUGAUCAAUGGAUUGAUAUACAUUUCAAAGAUAAUCUUGGAAUGGCUAAAGUCUUAAGGGUCCCCGUUCCAAAAGCUUCACAUACAACUGUUGAAAAAUUACAUGAAUUUCUAAUUUCUACACUUCAACAUCAAAGCGAAACUUAUGGUGCUUCGCCUUUGGAAAAACCUGAAGACUUAGUCGAUCUGCCCUCACUUAAACGUCAAAGAAAUAAACGUUCAUUAGAAGAGUUAAGACAGAUUAGAGUGGGAAUUAUUCCUAAAGUUGAUGAAGUGUUCAUAGAUUAUCCUGAUCAAUAUUGGGACCAAAUAAAAAUUUUAAAAGAUAAACUUGUUGAAGAUUCAAAAUCCUUAGAUGAGUUUAAAUUAAGAACAGAUAAUGAACAGGAUGAGACAAUUAAAAGUGAAAUGACAACAACAUUUUGGAACCUAAGUUACAAAAGGAGUGCUUUAGAAUCUCGAAUUAGAAAAUUGGAAGAGGAAGCAAAAAGAAGAGAUUUUGAAAAGAACAAUUCAGAUGUUAACAUUGUUGUUGAUUUUUUCGAAACUUAUCCUGAAAAUUACAAUGAAAUAUUAAUUAUAGAUCAUCUCAAACUAAUAGCUCUCUUCAUAGAAGACAAAAAGGAAAAACACUUACAAUUAGAAGGAUUUUUGCCAAGAUUCAAGAAAGAAAUUGAAAGAAUGACAAAGAGAGUAAAUUUACUUGAUGCUGCUGUACUGAGAAGGGACAAACAAAAGACUGUUAAACAAUAUAAUAGAGAGAACUAUAUAACCCACAAAGGCUAUGUUGAUAAAUUUUUCUACGAUAACCCUGAUUAUUGGCCAGCAAUAAGAAGUAAUUUCUACGGGUUGAUCGCUACAUAUCAGGAAAUUUCUAAUACAAAAACUUUGUAUGAUGAGGAAACAAAUGAGGAUCGAAAGAAAGAAUUAAAUACUAAAAUCGAUGGACUCAAAAGACUUGUCAAUUAUAGAAUGGAUAGAUUUAGGGCGCUUGAGUUUGAGGGAAUUGCUAGAGAUAAAGAGACAGCAGAUGAACCUUACAGACCCCCACCUCUACCGACGUACACAGACAUACACCCUCCAGCAACAACAACUCCAAACCUUCCCCCAACUCAACAAACUUCACCUUUAAAGUCUUUACCAGGUUAUACCUCUCCAACAAAACCUGUUUCACAAGAUCAAUCUAAAGGAGAUAAUCCAGAACAACUUCCUCUUCCACCAGCUAUAAUUGAGCCUCCAAAACCUACAGAUAUUUCAAAACCUUACUUUCCGACACCUGAAACAACAACUCCUGUUCAAUCUUCACGACCUGAACCAACUACUGAGGAUGUUUCAAAACUUCCCCUUCUUCCAACCCCUGAAGAAACAUUCAGUGAUCCAUUAUGGACCGAAGAAAUGGAACAAAUAUUAACAAAAAUACUCGGGAGAACACCCAAUCGCCAAGCCCGAAUAAAUUAUUUACCGAAUAUGCCCGCUCUUUUACGGCAGUAUGGACGAUUAAAGAAGGAUAAAGUUGAUGCUUCAGUCCAAAAACAAAUAAUUGAUUCUAUCGAAAUAUUAUAUCACAAGGAUUUUGAACGUUUCAAAGUGCAAUUCAAUCAUACAAGUAUUAAAUAUCUAUCAUUUUCUCCCCAACUUGGGUAUGUUUUGGGCUUUGAAAAUACAAAUAUGGUGCAAAAUAGAGAAAUUGCAAAGUAUGGAUGUGAUUUAAGAGGUGGUUUCUCAAGCUUUGCUGUGUAUACAAAGGGGCUAACAGAAAAUAUGAUUAUUGGUAAUAGUUUAAGUUCACUUCUACGUGUAGUUUCCGUGGCCGGUGCAAAACCUGGAGAAUAUAAUGAAAAUAUUUAUGAUUCACCAAUAUAUGCUCGUGUUUUACCAAAGGAAGUUAAUGAAAUUGAGAUUGAAAUAAGAACGAUGGAUAAUGGCAGACUAGUACCAUUUUCUUUUGGUACAGUACUCAUUGUCUUAAUAUUUAAAAAAGUGAUCAAUUUUUAA